AUGCAAUGUCGCGCCUGCACCAAAAACAAAAGCCAAAUCUUGGUUGAUAUGGCUGUCCCAUGCACAGAUGAUGGCAAGUGCCUUUUCGAUUACUUCAACGAAUGUACACAAUUACAUGCGUCGCCUAAGGACAGUUUUCCUAAAACUCUUUGCAAAAUGUGUGCUCAAAAGCUGCAAAUAGCCUACAACUUUCGGAAAUGUGCUCGGCAGUCGGAGGAAUUUUUUCACAAAUUUCUAAUUCCGAAUGGAAUGGAGACCGAAGCGAUUAUUUUUCCACCUAGCGAUCGUUUGUCUCUUAAGGAGGAGGUUGUAGUAGAACCUGACUUCCCCGGUGAGAAUAUCUGUGCAGAAAAUUUAAUAGUGGAAACUGAAGAGAUGGAAACGCGUCUUAGUCCAGAAGCUAUAGAAACUGAAUGUGUGUAUGCUGAGUUAUUAUGCGAGGUAUCAGAAUAUAAGCUGGAAAAAGAGGCGCUAAGUGAAUCCGAAGAAGAAGAUAAGGAUUCCAAUAUAGAGAACUAUCAAGAUACAACAACACCAGAGAGUUACUUUGAUGCGACAGAAGAACAAUGUGGCGAUUUUUACUCUAGUGAAUUUAUGGACAUCGAAAAGGUGGAACGGCAAGAAAAUGCAGAGGAUAUCAAGCCCAUGGGUGAAAAUGAAAAUGAGUUAGUAUGCGAGCAAUCAAAUGACAUAUCCGAAAUAUUGUAUUUAAAUGAAUCGAACGAUGAGAAAUCACUUUGCAAUGAAGAGGAAGAAGAAAGUGAAGAUGAAACUUUAGAAAGAAUGACCUAUCUUUGUGAGCCACAAAAUGAAAUUGACGAUAAUUAUUCAGCAAAAACUUUCGUUGGUAAACGUAAAAAAAUAAAUGAGUCCAAGCAAAAUGGAAGGAAACCGAUGAGAGGUGAAGCCGGUCAGGAUACUGCUAGAGCCAAUAACAAGCAACAGGAAGUGCAAAAAACAAGCCCGAAUAAAAGGACAAAUAUAAAUGUGAAGAAAAAGCAGAAACUUUUAUGUUCAUUUUGCCCGCGAAUACUAUCUUCUAAACCUUCACUCGAAGCACACGAAGGAAAACAUUUAAAUAUUAAGCGUGACCUCAAGGAAUGUCCAAUGUGUCAGAAAAAAUAUAGUCAAGAGUAUUUAAAGAAUCAUAUCCUAGCUGUACACCAUGGAGAGCGUAAAUAUACCUGCGAUAUAUGCGGUGAUUCAUAUAAAACCCAAGCACUACUUGGACGUCACAAAUUAUUGCACACCAAGGAGCGCCCUUUGGCAUGCCCUCUGUGUGAUAAGAGAUUUACAGAACAAUCUCACAUCAAAGUACAUAUGCGAAUUCAUACUGGAGAACUGCCAUUCGAAUGUGAUUUGUGUGGCCGCAGAUUUAGAAUAAGGGUACACCUCACUUAUCAUUUGAAACAGCAUGCCAACAUUAAGCACAAAUGUGAGGUGUGUGGUAAAGAGUUUAAACACAGCAAAUCAUUGAAAGACCACUCGUACCUGCACACUGGCGUAAUGCCAUAUACUUGUACUUUUUGCGAUUACGGUUCUCCAAAACGUGAAUAUUUUGUGAAACAUAUGAUGAGCAAACACAAAACAUCUAUGACGGCUGAUGAAUUAUUUGCUAUGUUCAAGGCGAACACUGGUCGAUCCCCUCAUGUAAAACUAGCUGAGGAAAUGGAAAAGAUAAAAAGAAAAGUGCAGCCAUAAAAUUUAUCGACCUAAUGUACAUAAAUAUGGCUCACUUCGCAAUCGUCAAUUGCUUUACACACGUACAAAGCAUUAGUUUUGUUUUCUGGGUUAUCCAACUCAAUAUCACGAUCAUUUCUCACUAAACUACAUGUCAGUAAGUGGCUGACCCACGGGGGGUGUUUUAAUAUGGCGCAUAUGUAUUUAUAAUAUGGCGUCUAUAUAUUAAAACACCCCCUGUGGGUCCGCCACUGACCAAGAAAACACAGCUAUUGUGUUUCAAAACGCCGAACUACAAAAUUUGAACAAAGCAUUACGUUCGAAAUCGCCUGAAACAAAUUUUUGUUAAGUAUCAAUAAAUCAAUGAAAGCAUCGCCAUGAU